GCCUCGGGCUAGCUAUGAAAGUAAACAUGGCGUCGCAGUUGGCCAGCAGUUGUCAGUCCGGGUCAAAAUAAUCCUUAAAACGGUGUCCGCGACCAAAAUGGACAACAAAAAGAGUCCGAUUCGGAGGGCCAAGCGUGCUGCCAAAGUGUUGGAGGACAAUUUCUGGGAUUGCAGUGUGUGCACGUUCAGAAACACGGCGGAAGCGUUCAAAUGCCUGAUGUGUGACGUUCGUAAAGGCACUUCCACCAGGAAACCUCGCAUAAACCCCCAGUUAGUGGCCCAGCAGGUAGCUAGCCAGUUCUUACCGGCCACCAGCAACCAAAAAAAGGAGAAAAAGGAUAAGAAAUCGAUGAAAAAGCGGCGGCAUCCUCCUCGGCUGAAAAACGUCGAUAGAAGCAGUGCCCAGACCAGGGAAGUCACCGUGAACAGUGUCACCGUAGUGAUAACAGAGUACAAACCGAAAAUCAAGUCGUCCGAGGCGAUAUCCAGCAGUAGUUCUUCCGACCACGGGUCCCAAUCGGAGUCCAGCAUGGAUGCCAGAUGAAUAUCCCGAAAACCAGUGGCGUGCAUCAGUGAUGUCAGUGACUGAGAAGGAGGGCAAUGACUCUGUGACGUCAGGUAUGCGUAUGGUGAUGACUUUUUGUAAUUUAUUUCGUUUGUACAAAUUUAUUCGAUGGAGACGUGGAGGUAUGUGGGGGAUUUGUAGGAAUAUUGAUGCACUAUACCGAAUGAAAUGGAUGUGUUAAAUUUGAUGGUAAAUUUUCGUU